AUGAGCACCCAUCACGGUCAACUUUCGAGCAUACAGGCACACAUGGUUGCGGCUAGUGGCGAGUUUGUUGGAACGUUCAUGUGGUUAUGGACUGCAUACGCCGGACAUCUGAUGGCGAGGCAUCAGGCUCCGGGUGAAGCACCCGAAGGUGGUAUGCUGAACACGACACUCACCUCGACCGCGUUGGCAUACGCAUUCCCUCUGCUUGCGAACAUUUGGGCAUUCUACCGAAUCAGUGGAGGACUUUUCAACCCUGCAAUCACGCUUGGUCUCGUAGUUGCUGGCCAGCUUCCGUGGGAUCGAGCGCUUUUCCUGUUUCCGGCACAGGUUGUAGCCGCGCUAUGCGCCGGGGGCCUCGUCAAAUGCAUGUUUCCCUGGGACGUCAGCGAAACCAACACGAUUCUCGCUACAAAUGUGUCAAUCUCCCAGGGCGUAUUUAUCGAGAUGUUCUUGGCGUCGCAGCUCAUGUUCGUGGUUCUCAUGCUGGCGGCUGAGAAGCAAAAGGCGACAUACCUGGCUCCAAUUGCAAUUGGAAUUGCCGUGUUUGGCAUCAUGAUAUGUGGCGGUUACUACACGGGAGCUUCCAUCAACCCAGCACGCAGUCUUGGUUCCGCCGUUGCUGGUGCGAGCUUCCCCGGCUACCAUUGGAUCUACUGGGUUGGGCCCGGGAUGGGUGGUGUAUUGGGAGCGUUGUACUACCGAGUUGUGAAGAUGAUUCAUUACGAGGAGGCGAACCCUGGGCAGGACCAUGGAGGUGAAAAUGGGGAUGCCCUUCCCGAUGGCGCUACGCUUCCAAGAAAUAUGUAA